UUUUUUACAUUUUGAAUCAAUCUGUGGUGUUUUCCAGAGAAGGAAGACGGUGCUUUGGGAGGGAAACGCUUGGAUGUGUGCGGAUUGAUUCGCUUCACCUUCGCCUGUACUAGGAAGUGAAUGCUGUGUCCGGGAAAGGGGAGGGACUCCGACGACAAGUCAGGGGCGCUGCUGUUGUGCCUCUUCCCCACUGAGCUGCGGCGGUGCUGCUUUUUAAUCCUUAAAAAAAAAAAAAAAAAAACAGACACACAUACACAUCCAGUGUGCAGUUUUGCCCGAAGAUACCGCGUUACAAAGCGGGCUGAUUUAUUUUUAUUCAUUUUUUUUUUUUUUUUACUCGCUAAAACGCGUUCAGCCUGGCCUGAUCCGAUCUGCCCGCCGUGCAAUGCGCAAAGGAGGGAGGGGGGGGGAAAGCCUGUAGCGCAGGCUAACGGCAGCAGGGCUCAUUGCUGCAAGUUUGCUCCGUGAACUUUGCCACAAUUGAGAGCCAUGACCAGCCCGCCGUCGCUGCUGCUGCUGGGGAGGAGAGCCGCGGCGUCGCUUAUCGGCCGGGGCUGCGCCGGAGUCACCGACGCGCGUUCGGGAGUUCGCUCGGCGGUUCCGAGGCGCUUCAUCAUCGACACGUCCUACGCGGCGCACUUCAUGGAUUUCAAAGGCUCCGCUAUACCGAGCAGCAUGAAGAAGCUGGUCGUCACCAAGCUCAGUCAGGAUUUCAGAGAGGCCGUCUCCGUGCGCACCGUCGCCGUUCCGACGCCCGGAGACGCAGAGCUCCUCGUCAGGAAUCGCUUUGUGGGAAUCAACGCCUCUGAUAUCAACUACUCCGCAGGCCGAUAUGACCCCUCGGUGAAGCCCCCCUUCGACGCCGGCUUUGAGGGAAUCGGCGAGGUCGUGGGCCUCGGCCUCAGCGCCAGCUCUCGCUACGCCGUCGGCGACACGGUGGCUUACUUCGGCAGCGGCGGCGCAUUCGCCGAGUACACGGUGGUGCCUGCCAAAGAGAGCGUGCCCGUUCCCUCGGUGAGGCCCGAGUUCCUCACCCUGCUGGUGAGCGGCGCCACGGCCUACAUCGCCCUGCGGCGCCUGGGCGACCUGGCUAAGGGCGAGACCGUCCUGGUCACAGCGGCUGCCGGGGGAACGGGACAGUUCGCCGUGCAGUUCGCCAAGCGGGCCGGCUGCCACGUCGUCGGCACGUGUUCGUCCGACGAGAAAGCCGGCUUCCUCAAAUCCAUCAGCUGCGACAGGCCCAUCAACUACACCGCCGAAGAUCUCGCCAAGACGCUGAGGAAGGAGUACCCGCUGGGCAUAGACGUGGUGUACGAGUCGGUGGGAGGCAGCGUCCUGGAGCUCGCCGUGAACAGCCUGGCCAAUAAGGGCAGGCUGAUAGUGAUCGGCUUCAUCUCGGGCUACCAGACGGCGUCGGGCAUCGCUCCCUUCAAAGGAGGGACGCUGCCGGUCAAGCUGCUCCAGAAGUCGGCCAGCGUCCGGGGUUUCUUCUUGCCCCACUUCGUCGGGGACUACAAGGAGGCCCUGAGCAGCAUGAUGCAGAUGUUUGCCAAAGGGGAGCUGGUGUGUGAGGUGGAUUGUGGGGAUAUGGCGGAGGAGGGAAGAUUUGUGGGUCUGGAGUCGGUUUUCAGGGCAGUGGACUACAUGUACGCUGGGAGAAACCUGGGCAAGGUCGUUGUAGAGGUGGCACCUCCGAUUGUUGGCGAUAGCAAGCUGUGAUUUACUUGAUUAACGAUGCACUAAAAUCAAAUCAAACUUUGAGUGGCCUUAGAGUUUAGAUUCUAUUUUCACAAGAUCUUUAGUAAAGCUCAAUAAAGAAUGAUUGCUAAACUUGCACUAAAUAUUGAAAAAAGUAUUUUGCUUCUGUUAAUAAGAUUUGAACAGUUUAAUCUAUAUUCCUGUAUUUUUAUGUAUGAGUUAAUUUCAGGUAACACUUUUUUUUAUAUAUAUUGUUUUGUUUUUUAAAUGGCACACAAGACGUACACAAUGUAACAAUCUAAGAAAAAAAUAUAUGGAAGUCUUAAAAACAAAGACUAUUCAGUUCAUAAAAUUAUGUAAUAGUGCAGAGGACAGUAAUAUGCUGCUUUGAUCACAUCUAUGUAAACCCUCUAGUUAGAGUAGACGCGAUGUCCGGUCCAACAUAACAUAGAAAAGGCUCCCCCACGUUUUAUAAGAGGUAUUAUCUUUACUAUGUCAUUUACAAGUAGAGUUAUCUGAAGUAAAUAUAUUCUGUAAUAACCUUUGGCUUACAGUUGAAACCAGAUAUUUAUAUACACUUUGUAAGAAUACACACAGCUGUUCUUUUAUUCUUUGACAUUGAGUCAGACCUUUUUAGGUCUGUUAGAUGGACCAAAAUGCCAGAAUCAUUUUUAUUCAUCUUCUUGAAAUUCUGAAGUUUGCAUACACUAAGAAAACCAUGACUCAGGGCAGUUUAGGAAAGAUGCGAUUCAGUGUGAUUAAGAAAAAUCUAAAGAAGUCAGCUAUGCUUCCAGGAAGAGUUUUGCAGGUCUCCAUGAGACCUCUAUAGAAGUUAAACCAUGGGAUUGUCAUCUAACUCUCCAGAGAGGGGAGCGGUUCUGUGUCCCAGAGAUGAAUGUGUUUUGACUCGAGAUGUGCGCAUUAACCCCAAAAUAAAAGGAAAGGACCUUGAGAAGAUGCUGACUGAAGCCAAUAACAGAGUCCUAUCCCAACAUGCAGUAAAACCGCACUUGGUAAAGAAGAAACAGUUUUUUAAGAAUGAGAAGGCUGCUUAAAGUUUACAAAUUAUACUGAAGGACAAAGAGCUUCAUUUUGGAGAGAUGUGCUGUGGUCUGCUGAAGCUACAAAUGAAGUAUAUGAAAAUGGG